AUGGCGCACCAAUCUCCAAUGAUUUCGAUACCCAAGAAGACUACGGAGGAGGUCGAUUGGACAACACCCAUCCGGAACCUGGUCGCCCAAUCGUACGGGGAGAGCCCUGAUAACUACGCUGCAGAGUGCGCAUCGCUUCAGAGGUGUAGACAAGAUGCUGUCAGAGGUGCCGGAAGCGACAUGACCGCUCGCGAUCUACUUUACAAAUACUUCGGCCAGCUAGAACUGCUCGAGCUGCGCUUCUCAGAGAUACGCGUCAGCUUUCCGUGGCACGAUGCGUUCACCAACAAGCUCAUUACCCAAACGUCGAUAGCAUAUGAGAAAGCAUCUAUUCUAUUCCAGAUCGCCAGCACGCACUCUGCAAUCGCCGCUUCGCAGAACAGAUCGGACCCAGAGGGCCUGAAGCGUGCCUUCUACUACUUCCGGACCUGUGCCGGAAUGCUCACGUAUAUCAACGAGAACUUCCUGCAUGCUCCUUCCACAGAUCUGAGCCGAGACGUAGUGAGGUUCUUGAUAAAUAUCAUCAUAGCUCAGGCCACGGAAGUCUUCUUCGAGAAAUGUACCGACGAGAAGAAGGGAUCCGCGCUCGUCGCCAAGAUUGGUGCCCAAGCUGCUGCUCUGUACACGAUUCUUACGGAGGAUGUGAAGGAAUUCAUGGGGAAAGGUAUAUUUGACCGAAAUUGGGUCACGCUCUUGCAGAUCAAGUCUAAAUACUUCUCUUCCCUUGCCCAGUAUCAUCGCGGAUUGGCAGACAGUGCUGCCGGAAAACAUGGCGAUGCUCUCGUUCGCUUCACUCAGGCGGAGUCCCUUGCCAAAGAAGCCUCCAGAACCGCAGCAACGUUUGGGUCUGUUUUCGUCACCAACAUGUCUCCCAAUCUCCCUGCAGACGCCGGUUCUUCCAUCCAAGAGCGAACGAAAGCUCAUCUCGCUAUAUGCUCAGAGAAGAAAGCCGAAGCCACCCGCGAGAACGACCUAAUCUACAACGCUAUUCUUCCGUCUGCGGAAGCGCUUCCAGUUAUAGACAAACUCUCAGUGGCGACGCCAAUUUCAAUACAAGAUGUAUAUGGCUCGCCCGAAGUCCAGAAAGUCAUUGGGCCUGAUCUCUUCGUUCGCUUGAUACCGCUCAGCGUCCAUGAAAGCGCUAGUGUGUACUCCGAGGAAAAGGCGAAACUCGUGCGAGGUGAAGUGGAGAAUGCGGAGACAGCGGAAGGAGAAGUACGUAGUGCACUCGAUGCUCUUGCUGUAAAGGACGGGAUAGUCAGAUUCCGCGCUAUGGCAGAAGGUGAAUUGGGUGGCGGCGAGGAUAUCCCCAUGGACGUCAGGCGAUUCAAAGAGGAUAUAUCGAUUGUGGAGGACCGAGAAGGCGUGGAGGGUCUGAUGGCCGAGCUUCAGAGGAAGAAAGACGCUGUCAGACAAGUGUUGGAGACAAUCAGCCGGGACCUCGAUGUAGAGAACAGAGAUUGCGAGAUGAUGCGGGUGAAGUAUGGCCACGAAUGGACGCAGGCACCGUCCGCCAGUCUCACGAAGUCCAUAAGGCAAGACCUCAAAUCUCAUUUCAGCGCUUUGGAGGCCGCAUCUGCGUCUGAUCAACAAGUUUCCGCUUUAUGGGACUCGGUCCGAAAUGACAUCCACUUGCUACUGUCGGACGACAUAGAAGACGUGUUUCGAGCAAGCACAGAACGGGGAAACAAGCCUAUGGAGAGCUUGUUAGAUCUAGAUGUCAGUACGGAGGCCGAUGAAGCGACAGAGAGAGCUAAGAUUGGCCAAUUGGUCACCGAGAUUGAUGAGAGGCUGAACAGGCUCACCAAAAUUUCCAAGGAGCGGGCUGAGGUCUUGAAGGAUCUCAAAGACAAGGCGAACGACGUAUCUCACUUGCUCUUGCUUAAUCGUCGUAACUCUGGCGUGGAACCAGCAUUAUUUGCCAAUGAGUUAGAGAAGUUCAGGCCAUACCAACAGCGGCUGGCUGCUACCGUUGUCCACCAACAAGCAGCACUCCAAGAAGUUGCUCAGCUCUGGAAGACAUUGAAGGAUUCGGCGGGGAGAGGCCCUGGAGCUAAGAAAUGGGAUGAGCGGGAGAAGAGAAAGAGGGAUACUGUACGUAGGUUCUCCCGAGCAAGGGACGUCUACAUGGAAAUCCGAGAUGGUUUAGCGAAAGGGCUACAAUUCUACACCGAGCUCACAGACUUGAGCGCUUCGCUGAGCCGGAAUACGAAGUCGUUCAUCGCCAGUCGGGUUUCUGAACGGAACUCUUUGAGCGCUCAAUUGGAGACUGAAAAGAAGCUGUCAGCAUCAGCCUCCCCUCCACCUGUCGCUCCGAAACCCCCAGUACCACCCCUGCCGUCACGAUCUGAUCUCAGCUCUUCCUUCGCGUCGAUGAAUUUGGGUCGCGGUCCCCCUACUCCUCCCGUACAGCAUCAAUAUCAGCAGCAUACAUCCCCUCCACCUCCACCUCCAUCGCAGCAUCGUUUCUCUCCACCGCCGUCCCAAGGGUAUGCACCCCCACAACCUCAGUAUAACCAGCAUCAGCCUCUGUCUCAUCCCGAUCAACAACCUCAGCGCCAUUUCUCUUUGCCUCCACCGCCACCACCACCUUCGCACAACUCCUUCAGACCGCCGCCGCCCCCGCCUCAGAGUGACCCGUAUGCAGCACUGGAUAUGUUUGAUCGCUUUGCUGCUAGCGCCCCUCCGCCCCCUCCUCCAUCGCAGCAGCAGCAAUAUCAGCAGCAACAAUCGCAGUAUCCACAGUCUGGGUAUACACAAAAUUACCAGCAGGCCCAGCAAGGUCAAUAUACGCCUCAGUCCAUGCCUCCACCUCCACCAGCACCGAUCUCAUAUCAAUGGGGCCAGCCCGCGCCUCCACCACCCCAACAACAACCAGGGCAAUAUCAAUCGUACGCAAAUCAGCCCACCGGAUACGGUCAAAGUCAAAGACAGUAUUGA